UCUUGAACUCAACUUUUCUAGCAAAAACUUUCCCUUGAAAAACUCAUCCUUGGCUCAUAACCCUAACCCUAAGCUACCAAAAUGAAAACUGAUGCAAAUGAGGUUGGUGUGACUUCUUCCCAAAAAGGAGUUAAGAGAGGAGUCUCUAUAUUAGACUUCAUCUUGAGACUUGUUGCUUUAGUUUCCACUCUAGCCAGUGCAAUUAUCAUGGCAACUACUAAUGAAACCCUCCCUUUCACUACGCAAUUUAUCCGGUUCAGGGCCGAAUAUGACGAUCUUCCAACUUUCACGUUUUUUGUUGUUGCCAAUAUUGUUGUGAGCGGCUAUCUACUCCUAUCUCUUCCACUUUCUAUCUUCAACAUUGUGAGAAGUAGUACAAAAAAUAGUAGAAUUCUCUUGGUCAUCUUCGAUACGGUGAUGCUGGCUCUCUUAACUGCCGGAGCAUCUGCAGCAGCAGCUAUUGUUUACUUGGCACACAAGGGAAAUACUAAAACAAACUGGUUUGCUAUCUGUCGACAAUACAACUCUUUCUGCGAGAGAAUCUCUGGUUCCUUGAUCGGAUCAUUUGUCGGUGUUGCUGUGUUCAUACUGCUUAUCUUGUUGUCUGCAUUCGCCAUUUCUCGGCGAAACUGAUUAAUCUGUUCCUCCAGCAUCAACCAAACUUAUAAUUAAUGAUCACGGUGUGCCCAGAUUCUUGUGUGAUGCUAGUCGGUUUGUUCAUGUGAUAUUUUAUCAUCUGAUUUCUUUGGUUUGUUGUAUAUGUGUGAUGCAAUGUAUUGAUGUUAUGGUGUAAUAUGAAUGCUGAUUUGAGUAUAAAUUUAUUUGUUGCUUGUUCA